ACCAAUGACCUGUGCACAGUUUAGGGCCUAACCCUGUCCUGGCCGGUCAGCAAGAGUGUGUUGUGAUACAAGCAGAUGAAAGCCUUAUGCCACAGCAGUGCCUGCAGCAGAGAAAGGAUUCCCUCCUCCACCUCAGGCCCCACUGCUGCUGCUCUCUAGCCUGCAGUUUCCUCUAAGGCUCUGGAUUGGCUGGAAGAGCAACAGAGGGCUGGGAAAGAGCUUCUAUAUAUACCUCAGAAGGAAAGGCGUCCCAGACAGUUUUGAAGUUUUCAAAGACUGGCUCUGCUGUUAAGAAGUUGUACUUAAAGCGGAGGAGCUAAGCCACCUGCCAAAAUGUGCAAAGGACUUGCAGCUUUGCCCCACUCAUGCCUGGAAAGGGCCAAGGAGAUUAAGAUCAAGUUGGGAAUUCUCCUCCAGAAGCCAGACUCAGUUGGUGACAUUGUCAUUCCCUACAAUGAGAAGCCGGAGAAACCAGCCAAGACCCAUAAACCCUCGCUGGAUGAGGCCCUGCAGUGGCGUGAUUCCCUGGACAAACUCCUGCAGAACAACUAUGGACUUGCCAGUUUCAAAAGUUUCCUGAAGUCUGAAUUCAGUGAGGAAAACCUUGAGUUCUGGAUUGCCUGUGAGGAUUACAAGAAGAUCAAGUCCCCUGCCAAGAUGACUGAGAAGGCAAAGCAAAUAUAUGAAGAAUUCAUUCAAACAGAGGCUCCUAAAGAGGUGAAUAUUGACCACUUCACUAAGGACAUCACAAUGAAGAACCUGGUGGAACCUUCCCUGAGCAGCUUUGACAUGGCCCAGAAAAGAAUCCAUGCCCUGAUGGAAAAGGAUUCUCUGCCUCGCUUUGUGCGCUCUGAGUUUUAUCAGGAAUUAAUCAAGUAGUAAUCUAGCCAGGCUAUGAAAUCAUCCUGUGAGUUAUUUCCUCCAUAAUAACCCUGCAUUAAUCUACAUAUCUUCCCACAGCAGCUUUGCUCAAUGAUACCCACAUGGAAAAAUCCCAGGGGAUGUUGCUUACUCUUUUUGCCCACAUAGAUUUGGAUACUUAUCUACCGUCCAAAGGCCUUGUUUCCCCACUCAAUUCUUCCUGCCCUGUUAUUAAUUAAGAUAUCUUCAGUUUGUAGUCAGACCCAGUCAGAAUCACAGACAAAUCCUGCCUAAGGCAAAGAAAUAUAAGACAAGAAUAUGAUAUCAAUGAAUGUGGGUUUAGGUAAUAGAUUUCCACCUAAAUUGGUCUAAAACAGAAUAUAAGUGUGGACAGACCUAUUUCAAAGGAGCUUAUUUGAUCUCACUUGUUUCAGUUCUGAUCCAGGGAGAUCACCCCUCUAAUUAUUUCUGAACUUGGUUAAUAAAAGGUUAUAAGAUUUGUAUGAAGCAGCCACUGUAUGAUAUUUUAAGCAAAUAUGUUAUUUAAAAUAUUGAUCCUUCCCUGGCACCACUUUCAUGUUAGCUGGGUAUUAUUAAUAAGAGAUACAACCAUGAAUAUACUGUGUUUAUACAAAAUCAAUCUGAGCACAAUUCAUAUAGAUUUCUCUUUUAUACCUUCCUCACUGGUCCCCUCCGCCUGCCCAUAGUUACCAAAUUCUGUUUUAAAUCAAUGACCUAAGGUGAACAAUGAAGUAUUUUAUAAAUGUAUUUAUGCUCCUAGACUAUAGGUCAAAUGUUUCCAUUUUCAAAUUAUUUAAAAUUCUUAUGUGUUUAAAAUUCAUAAAUUUCUAAAUCCAAUCAUGUAAAAUGAAACUGUUGCUCCAUUGGAGCAGUCUCCCACCUAAAUAUCAAGACGGCUAUACACUAACAAGAGAAAAUAUGGUCAAGUCUAAAAUGGCUAAUUGUCCUAUCAUGCUAUUAUCAUAGAUUAAUGACAUUUAUCUUCAAAACAAAACAUUGUCUUUAGAAAAGUGACUACAGGUAGAGGCCUUCUAGGUGAGACACUUUUAAGGUACACUGCAUUUUGCAAAAAAAAAAAAAAAAAAAAAGUAAUCUUUUAGCAACCCCAGUAUUCCCUCACUGUUUUGCUUCCUGCGUUAGUAAAUUUUACUUACAGUCAAAAGUGCAGAUUUAUACUCCUGACAUGCCUCAUUCACAGCUAAAUGAUAGGCCAUAGGACUUUUGGUAGGUUUAAACUUUUAAUUCUAUAUUUCAUGAUUAUAAGUCUUGCUAGAAUUUUUUCUAAUAUUUAGUAGAUUUGCUUAAAUAAUGAUUCACAGAAUUUAGUAACGGAAUCAAACUAAACCAUGUAUGAUGGUAGUCGAGAUGAGGAUAUUAACUCAAAAGAAAGAGGGUGAUUUUUAAAGGAUUAAUAAAAUUCUGAAAUGUUAAGUAGAAGACUACAAUGUCUAGUCUUGUAUUUCCUCCUUCUGUUGCUCUUUUUCAUUCACACACUCUUAGUUUCCCAUAUUUGUAGCUCAUUUAUUUGGUUAUUUCCUAAGUGAAGCAACUAUGAGACUGUAUUGUUCAGGUAAACACUGACCGUGCUUGUUGGAUUUUCCCUAUUUUUGUGACUUCAAGGAUAAUUUGCCCUGCUGAAUACUUGCCAUUUCACAUUCUGAAAAUGGGUAGAGUGGCUGGGUGUUCUGCCAACAAUUGCUAGUGGUAUGAAUUCAUUCAUAUUUGCCAGUAUUGCUCGCUUCAGGAAACUCCUUCAUCAAGCAGUCCAGAGCUAGGCCAGAUCAACGCUGCAAUCAUGACAUUCUCAUUGCAUGCAAUUCUGUAGGAUUGAUGAGAAACUCAGACAAAAAUUUCCAGAGUGCACUUCCAGUACCAGCUUCAACAUCUGUCUACAUUGCCCCCAAGUUAAUAAAGUGCCAACCCUUUACUCUCUCAUGCAGCUAGAAAUCCAAAAUCUUGGUGCAUUAUUUUUUCAUUAAUGCGAAAACAUUUGAAGAAACAAUUAUUUAAAAUUCAAGUAUUUUAUUCACAUUAUUUGAAAUAUCCAAAUGUUUGAAAAUUCCCAGAUAAUUAACUAGCUAUUACAGAUCUCACCUAGAGGGCUGAUGUUAUGAAGACUCCAAUGGACUGUACUCACAAAUUGACUGGACACCCUAUGAAAGUGGGUAGACUUUUCAGUGGAAAAUAAGAAGGGCUUUUACCUUUUAAUAAGCUGAAUGUGGGAGGUAGAGGGCAGGAAAGGGCACCAUGAGAGCAGUUCUGUGGAGAUAUAAAAAGAAUGGAAGAAGGAAUGCCUUAUAGUGAUAUUGUGACAUUAUCUCUAUAUAUCUACAUAUAUCUAUCUAUCUGUAUCUACAUCUAUAUAAUCUUACAUUUAAAAUUGUAUUCAUACACAUAUUAGAAACUCUUCUAAUAUAUGAAGUAAUAAAAUUAAAAAGAAUACAAACAUUCCAGCCCCAAAUGAGAAAUCCAACAUAUUAAAAUUGUUCUAGAAAAUUUCUUUGAACACUUUUGAAAGUUUUUGGAAACUUAGAAAAGAGAAAAAAAAAUCCUGUUACUAGUAAUUUUCAUGGUAAUAGAGAUAAAAUACAUUUUUUAAAUUCUGGGAAAUUAGAAAAAGUGGGGUGAUCUUUCCAGGAAAAACAUGUGUAACAUCUACUUAUCACUCCAUCUCCCUCCUCCUCUUCCUCUCCACGUUCCCUUGAGUAAAUAAAUGUCUGGGAAAGCAUGAAGCUUGAUGCAAGAACACUGUUGUGCUGGAGUUUUCCUCCCCUGUGAAAAUGUAACUACAGUUGGGAGUGCAUUGAGGAUGUAGAAAGGUGGUGGAACCAAAUUGUGGUCAAUGGAAAUAGGAGAAUAUGGUUCUCACUGUUGAGAAAGAAACUAAGAUUAGCCCAGGUAAUUGCCUGUAACUUCAGUUUUUCUGCCUGGGUUUGAUAUAGUUUAGAGUUGGGGUUAGAUUAAGAUCUAAAUUACAUCAGGACAAAGAGACAGACUAUUAACUCUACAGUUAAUUAGGAGGUAUGUUCCAUGUUUAUUUGUUAAAGCAGUGUGAAUAGCCUUCAAGCAUGUGAAUAACCUUCCAUCUUCCCCGCCACACACAUACACACACACACACGCGCACACACGUACACAUUUUUUUUUUUUUGUUUCUUCCAGGUAUACACCUUUUAAAAUGCAGAACUAACUGAGGCAUUUCAGUGACUUUGCUUUCAUAUCAAUAAAGUCAAAUGUAUGGAAACAUUUUGUGCCCUACUCUCCAUACCCCAUGUACUCCAAUUCCCUACUGUAUGAAUUAUGCUUUAAGUAGAAUUCAGUGCCAAGGAGAACUUGGUGAAAGAAAUUAUUUUUAUUUUUAUCCUUUACAAAGCCAUGGAUUUUAUUUGGUUGAUGUGUGCUCUGUACACAAGCCAUUUGAAUAGGAUGGAGCUGUUAGUUAUUUUCUAAAGAGUAACAGACAUGCAAACAUUUCAAUAAAAACUGGGCCAUUAACAAAUAAAUAGAUAAACUAAUAAGCAUUCCCUUCUAGGUUUACCAAACUGCCUAUCCAAUAACAAAUUCGAGAAUCAUUGAAAAAGCCAGUUAUAUUUCAGAGAAAUGAUUUCAUUAUUGAAACUGUUCCCCCUAGCAGGUCAUUUCUCCUUUUUCCUGGGAAUUUAGCAAGUUUAGGAGGGAAUGGUCAUGAGAAGAAAAGGAAGAAGGGGAGAAGGGAAGUGGUUAAAAAGUAAGUGCCCAGACCUAUGAAAUUAAUCCCUUUGCUAGGAAAUAUUUAAGAGCAGCUCAUCUUGGUUGAAACUGGCUUUUGUCAUCUUCCAUAUUUGCAGGAAAGUACUUCCUGACUUGCAAUGCAGCUAGAUGUAAAAUUUGAUUUUAACAUCCUAGAAAACCUUGACCAGAAAAGUGAAUAAAUAUUGAGGGUCUCCUGUCCAUAUUUGGCUGCAUGUGCCAGAAAGCAGAGAAUGGAAAAUGCAAUUUCCAACAUCCAAGCAUCCAAAUGCAAGGACUAGGCAACUCUGUGUAGGUUUUGGACAUAAAGUUUGGUGCAUCUUGGUUUAUCCUGGCUCAAUUGCUAUUAAACCUCUCUGGUUUAUAGUCUCUUCAUUCUAUUAGACAAGGAUGUAUUGAACACUUGCUUUGCACAAGGCUCUUUAGUUAACAAUUUAGCAGCUACUGUUAUGUUAAACACACUUUUCACCAAAUAGAUUCUAAGGCAAACAAGAGCAAUUAAUAUUUAAAGAAAGGCUUUCCCAGCAUCACUUACCCAUCCCGAAUCUAAAAAGAUCAACUCUUCCAAUUGAGAAAACACUCCUGGCUUUGAAUGGAAACUUACAGCAGAGAGUAAUAGGCAACAACAACAACGACAACAACAAACAUUUGGAAUAUUAUUCUCAACUCACGGUUUAAUAAUAAAUCUUAUUAUUUUUCUAGUAGAGAAACUACAAAUCAGCCUCUUGAACAUUUAUAUACAGUUUAAUAAUCCUCUUGCAGGUUACUUGUUCUCUCACCUGAGGUAUUUUUUCCUCCCCACCUUGCCCUUAUUUCUCCAUUCCUCUUCUCCCUUUGCAAGAGGAAAUAUUUAACAUAUUUGGGUCUAACUUCAAUUAUGUAAUAAUUAAUACAUUAAAAGCAUUUAACUUCCUUUCUAGAAAAAUGUACAGGCUAAGGCAUAGACAAAACAAAGAGAAAUGCUGAGAAAUUUGCCACUGGAGACAAGUAAUCUGAAUAAAUAUUUGCCAAAAGUUCUUUCUGUGUCAUAUAGUGUCAGGAUUUGAAGGAGCUAUCUUCUUAAUGUUGCAACUAGCAACUCAUCUUCAGAAGACACAGCCAGGAGAAUGAAGUAGAAGUGAAAGGUUUAUAAAUCCAUUUGUAAGCAUUUAUCCCAUACAUUUUAAAUUCAAGAACAAUUGUGUUUAUCUUUAGAAUUUUGUAUUCAAUACUUUAUGUACUAUGUGACUCAUGCUUCUGGAUAAAUAAAGCACCAAAUAUGUAUCUGUAACCACAAUCACACAUAUUAUAUUAAAUAUAUAUCUAUAUAACA